AUGAGCGCUAAAGUUUUAGUUACUCUUGCUUCCGGAGCCUCCGGAAUCGUCAUCUUGGCAUGCCUUGUUAUGGUUGGAUCUCUUUUCCAAGAGAUCAAUACUUUCUACGAUGAUGUCAUGGACGACAUGAACGAAUUCAGAAUGGUUGCCAACUCUGCCUGGAAGGAAAUGAUCGUCCCAUCUAGCGGUUCUAGCAGAACAACCGGAACCAUCUUCGGACGUAACAAGCGUGCUGUUGGACAAUGCUCUUGCGGAACUCAACCCAACAACUGCCCACCAGGACCACAAGGACCACCAGGAGCUCCAGGACAACGUGGAGACGAUGGUCUUCCAGGAGAUGCUGGAAGAGCCGGAGUUCCAGGAAUCUCCAUCAUCACUACUGACCACAGCAGCGGAUGCAUCCAAUGCCCAGCCGGAGCUCCAGGACCACAAGGACCAGAUGGACCAGUUGGACAACCAGGACAAGACGGACAUAACGGAGCUCCAGGAGCCCGAGGACAAGAUGGACAACCAGGAGCCCCAGGAGCUCAAGGAGAUGCUGGAUUCCCAGGAGCCCCAGGACAAGAUGGAUACCCAGGAGCCGCUGGAGCCAACGGACAACGCGGAAAGGGAGCUCCAGGACCUCAAGGACCACAAGGAGCCCAAGGAGCUCCAGGACAAAACGGAGCCAACGGACAAGAUGGAGCCCCAGGACAAAAUGGCCCAGCUGGUCCAGCAGGAUCUAACGGACACGAUGGACAAGCUGGAACUCCAGGUCAACCAGGAGAGCAAGGAGGUGAAGGACUCCCAGGAUCUGAUGCUGCUUAUUGCCCAUGCCCAACCAGAACUGCUGCUGUUGAGAAGGAAAACGAAUCUCAAGGAUACAGACGCCGUUUCUCCAAGGCUUAA